AUACGGGAUUGUCCUUACGUGUAAAUGAUUCUUUCAUAUCUUUUUUUUUUUAAGUGCUGAAAUGCCUCCUAUCGUGCAGAACUGGAGCAGUCCCAAUAGCGACCAUCAGCUCCACUUGGUUAACUGUACCAAGGCAGUGGUGCAUUCUCGACUAUAGAUUGAAACACAAGUGGAGGAUGUUGCUGACCGCUCUACCCCUCCCACAAAGCCUGUGUCCAGCGCCAGCGCCUCCCCGCUCCAUCUGAGUGAUGAGAGACCGUUCAGUCGCUCUCCUCUGAACACACCCUACCCUCAGACGGGACACACCUGGGGAGAGGUCAUUUCAAAGCGGGAAUUAAUUCGACAUGGAGCAUUUCAGCAGAGAACAGUGAUAUUUCUGCGGUCUGCGUUGAAGAAAAUACUGGAAUGACUUGUGCGCGGAGGAAAACAAUGACGGAGGACGUAAAUAUUUACAUGCCCUUCUUCACAGCAGUACUGCUCGCCGUCGACUAAACUCGGAAACCUACAGCGUGUGCAUUUAAGAGACUGCGAAGGAACUGCGAUGUUUACACGUACAAACAACGACUGAAAUAAAAACACGGGCGGGAAACGAAUCAUCCUGCCUAGGCCCAGUCUGAAGGCCCCUUUCCAGGGUGAGACUCUAUAACCAAACAUGGGAGCGAAGCAAACGAAGGCCGCGGGACAGGAGGCAGGAGCGAGUCCUCAGAGCACAGGAUGGAAACGGACCCCAACGAAAGAGCGAGGAGACAUCCUUACUUCUAUAAUGUUGAGGUCAGGAGACAAACUGAGGAGCGGUGGGACUCCUCCUCCAUACCAGCGGCGCAUUGGGAUGAUACAAGAGAUGAUGCUGAUGGCAAAGCAGGGGAAGCACGAUGAGGCGACAGAGAUGCUGAAGACUCUCCGGCAGGAUCUGGGAAUGGAGUCAACCUCUCUGGACGAUGUUCUCUACCGCUAUGCCAGUUUCCGCAACCUGGUGGAUCCCAUUACCCAUGACCUCAUUAUCAGCCUGGCCAAAUAUAUUCACUGCCCAAAGACGGAGGGAGAUGCUUUGGGUGCCAUGGAGAAGGUGUGCCGUCAGCUGACCUACCACCUGAGCCCCCACACCCAGUGGAGACGGCAGGGGCUGCUUAAGAGAAAGCCUCAGGCCUGUCUGAAAUCAGUUCUUUCAAGCCCUCCCUCCGGUGGGACGUUAGAUCUGUCUGGCAUCCCUCUUGGAGUGAAAGACAUGGAGCGUCUCUGUGCUUACCUGCAUCACCACGCAUCCCGCAUCGGCAGCCUUGAGCUGGGCUUCACCGAGCUCACAGACGAUGCCUUCCUUCUGCUCCUCCCUACGCUGACAUCUCUUCCCCGCCUUGAGACUCUGGCCCUCAAUGGCAACAGGCUGACCCGUGCCGUGCUCAAAGAGCUCACAGACAUACUGAAAGACCCAGACAGCUUCCCCAGCGUCACCUGGAUCGACCUGGGGAACAACGUGGACAUCUUCUCCCUCCCACAAGCAUUUCUGGUGAGCCUGCGUAAGCGCUGCCCCAAACAGGGCAACCUUCCCACCAUCCUUGAGUUCGGCGAGAGCCAGGCCAGCGAGCCAGAGGGCCGAGUGGAUGAGGACGAUGCAGAUGAUACAAACAGGACUGAGAGUAUGGGAGAACUCAGAUCUGAGGUAGAAGAAGAGAUUGACAGUAAGAUGGAGAUCGAGGACAUGAUGGAGGAGUUGCUGGACUUUGACAGGGAGGUGCAAGGCAAGGAGGACGAAGACGACAGUAUGUGGACCUUGGAGGAGCAGCGGCUGGUAAAAGAUCCAGUUGCAAAGCAGAGCAAAGAGAAAAGGGCAUCCAAAGCAGAGGGAGAAGAGGACUUACAAAGCCAGUCUUCCCAUCUGUCCUGCUCCAGCCAGUCACAGCACUCUUCUGGAGCCAUCGAGCCUCUAAGACAAAAUUCUGUCCCUGACCAGUUAGCGUGUCAUUCGAACAACCCUACCUGAUUGUCUAAUUUGAUUAGAUGCUGGUCCCUUUAAGAAAAAGAGAAAGCGUGACAGGCUUGUUUUCAGACUGGGUUAUCCAUGAAGUCAUGAAAGGUUUUAUAGGGUUGACACUCACAGCAGUUGUCUGUUGUUGCAAAGGAGAAAUUAAUCACUUGUGAGGUUAAAAUAAAUCUAAUAUAGCUUCUCAUUCAGGUUUUUCCCUUCACUGUCAAGUAAAUUUAUAGAUCCAGUCACAAAGGGUGCAGAGGAUGUCCAAAGCCAGUCAUCCCAUCCGUCUUGCUCCAGCCAUUCACAGCAUGCUUCUGGAGCCUUUAAGAGAAGAUUCUGUCUUAGACCAGUUAGCAUGUCAUUCAGAAACCCGACCUGAUUGAAAACACUGAAUCUGUAACCUUCGUCCCUUUAAGAAAAAGAGAAUGGUGGAGCGUGACAGGCUUGUUUUCAGACUGGGUUACCUAUGAACUCAUGGGAUUCAGCAGGUUUAAUAGGGUUGACAAUCAUGGCUGCUGUCUGUUUUUGCAAAGAAGAAAUGAAUCACAGAAAUAACAAACAUACCUUCUUAUUCAGGUUUUCCCAUUCACUGUCUUAAAAAUGUAAAAUAUCCAGUCACAAAGUGGAGCAAAGAGAAGGCGGCGUCCAAAUCCAGUCUUCCCAUCUGUCUUGCUCCAACCAGUCACAGCACUCCUCUGGAGCCAUCGAGCCCUUAAGAGAAGACCUUGUCCCAAAACAGUUAGCAUCAUUGAGACAGCGCACCCUGAUGGAAGCCACUGUCUAAUUUAAUUAGUUAAAGUCUGUAAACUUUGUCCCUUUAAGAAAAAGAGAAAGCAGGACAGGCUUAUUUUCAGACUGGAGUCAUGGGAUUCAGCAGUUUUUUUAGGGUUGACAAUCACAGCGGUUGUCUGUUGUUGCAAAGGAGAAAUGGAUCACUUGUGAGGUACAAAAAUAUCAAAUAUACCUUCUCAUUCAGGUUUUCCCCAUCACUGUCAUAACCAUGAACCUCUGUGUGCCUAUGUGCCUGUUCAAAACCCUGCUGGAGAAGCGUGUGUGUGUGUGUGUGUAGGUGCACAUUUAGAUCAGUUAAACAUGCUGGAUAUAAGCAGAUUGGCUUUGCUGUCAUGAAUUGGUGUGUCCAUCUAUGCAUCUGACUGUCGCAAACAUCAUGUUCUCUCCAGCAGUUGAAAACAACCUAAAUUCUAUUCAGUAUCGUCCAAUGAAUAUGCAUGUCCCGGGUGUCAGGUGGAUGGGACGCAGAUGAGAUCAUAUUAAGUGCCCCUAAUUUAUACAGUGGAAAACCAAAAUAUCUUGUCACACUGUUGGCCCAAAACAAUAUGUUUGUUUGAUAAAGAGCAGCGGGACGGAAGCCAAAGAGAAAAGACUCACUCCACAGAAAAAAAGAACGUGUCUUUGGCUAUAUGAUCGUAUAUUAUACUGUUAUUCUGUUGUUGCUGCUUGACAUGGAUUUUGAAGACAAUGUAAGGUUUCUUAGCUCAGUUCUUUAGAAUAGAUACUUAAAACAAAAAUGAUAUAAAGGUUCCAUCUAUUUAUCCACUGUUAUUAAAUGAUAAAGGUAUUUCAUAUUAUAAACAUCUAUGUAGUGCCUAAUUAUAUAUUACAUUAUUCAAAUGUAAUUCAAACUAGUUCUGAUAUGCCAGUAAAUGAAAUUAUUGUUAUAAUGACAGUGUAUAUUGAUUAGACUGAUUUGUCUUAAUGGAAAACAUUAUUUAAAAUUACUUAAUUGAGAAUUAGGAUUUAUAAUAUCCAUUUAUACUGUACUACUUUGUAUAUUAUUAUAAUGCUUACAUGCAAAAAUCUUGUUGAGUGUUUUUUAAGUAGUAUUAUCUCCCUCCCCAAAUGAUGGUUUAUAAAAUUAAUUAAUUAAGCCUAAUUGCUCCUGUAAUAAAGUUAACCAAUAUAUUUCAGAUUAUCAUGUCAUUUUAUGGUCACCGGGUAGCCUCAAAAUCUCCUGCUGGUUUUCAAAGCCAUACUUCUAGACACGUUCUGCCAUUACUGAAAGGGAAUUAUAUAUUGAUAAAAGUGCACUGAAGAGCUGUGAUCAAUGAAUUUUGUCUGUAUUUCUGUAUUCCCACAAUGGUUAAUAAAGAAAGGAGAAUGCUAGGAAUGAUAAGGAACAGCAA